UAUGAAAACGCCAAACACAGUCGGUGUGUUCGAAGCAUAAGAAGUGCACGAUAAGGUUUGUUUUUAGCGCUCAAAACUCAUAAAAAAUAGUGGCGAGGGUGUGAGAGACUGCUGUAGUGCCAUGGCAAUUUGGUGGCUGCCUGCAUGAGCCCCGGAAAAUGAGUUUGCGUCACACCCGCCAUACGAAGCCUUUCAUAUCAAGCAUGCAUUUACUUUAAAGGCUGUCAGAUCUGACAGCAUCGUGUCUCUGUCCAAGCGUGUUAACCAAGUGGAUUUACAAAGAUAUAAUUAAAAAUAGGUUCGAUUUUUUUUUCCUAGCAUUUUUAUGUUGAAAAAAAAUCUUACAUAGCCUAUUCAAUUAUUUGGAUUCCAUAUCUGAAUAGAUAUAUUGCCAGUCAAUUUAUCUUUAUUAUGCGUGUUUACCGGGUACUCAACUAUUUGUGAUUUCCUCUGGGCAGCUCACGUGUUACAAAUGGGCGGAUUCGAUACAAACGACUGCAACAUUUGUUAGAAAUGUCCAAUUUAGCGUUUGGAUAGAAACCUCACAGGAAGAGGUCUUGAAGACGGAUGUAAACCAAUGACCAAUGUCGCGAGCGGUAACGAACGGUUUGCCCAGUCAUUUGUGAUUUGACAAAUGUUUCUCCCAACAUUGUGACAGGCUAGUUGUACUUUCUUUCCUUGAGACGUGCUUUGGAUUUCUCUUCUACAUUCAACGAUUAGGACCAGUAGCCUAAUUACCGGGCAGAAACCAAGACAUGGGGACUCAGGGUACUGGACGUAAAAGAAAUCCCAAUAAGGACAGGUCGACGGCCGAGGAUGAUACCCUUAAUCUCAUUGCAAGAGAGGCAGAGGCCAGGCUUGCUCUGAAGAGGGUGGCCAGGGCAGAGGCCAGAGAAAUCCGUAUGAAGGAGCUGGAGAGACAACAGGAGGAGAUCUCAGACGAUGAUGAGCAGAUGUCGGUGGGCAGCCGAGGCAGUGUGAGGGUGGAGGACAGAGAUUUCCUGGAAAAGGGAUCUCAAUCCACUUCCACCCGAACGGCAGCUACCCUCGCUUCACUCAGCGGGUCUUCCUCCCGGAGAGGAAGUGGCGAAUCGUGGAUCACUGGCGACACAGAGACCUCCAUACUAGAGAUCAAGGAUAUUCAUGAGCUGAAGGAUCAGAUCCAAGAUGUGGAGUCAAAGUACAUGCAGAGCCUCAAAGAAGUCAAGGAUUCCCUUGUGGAGGUGGAGGAGAAGUACCGCAAGGCCAUGGUGUCCAACGCCCAGCUGGACAAUGAGAAGAACAACCUGAUGUACCAGGUAGAUAGGCUGAAGGACUCGCUCAUGGAGCUGGAAGAGCUGCUGUCCGAGUCACGCCGCGAGUACGAUGGAAUGACCAAGGACUUUGAGCACGAGAAACAUGCCUACGGCGUGCUCCAGUUCCAGUUCAACGUGAUGAAAGAAACGCUAAAACAGAGCGAGGAGUUACUAACGGCCUUAGAGCAACAAAAGGAGUAUUUGGACGCAGUCAAAAAUGAGCGAGAUGAGCUCAGGGAUGAGCUGGUCCAGCUGAAAGAUAUUCUGAAGAAACAUGGAAUUGUCCUCGGAACUGACCUGACCACCAAUGGGGAAAAGGUGGAGGUGGUAACUGAAAGGCCAGCUUCUCAAUUGGCUCAGGUCUCCCAGAUAUCACCCAAGGAAGGGGGGAACAUCAUGCUCGGCAGAGCUCAGGAUAUGGAAUUGGGAAGUAGAGGAGAUAAGAUGGUGGAUCCAGGAAUGUCCAGGCAGCAAGUGGAAACACAUGAGGCGGUUCAAGAGAACCAUCUGACCUCGCCCACUUCCUGUAGCCUCGCUGGUGUUUCUGAAACCGAAACAUCUAUGGAGGCUCGGCCAUGCUCGCCCAAAUUGGGGGAUGAGGUUGAGCUUGAAUGCAGUAAUGACAACAAAGACUCUGAUAAUGGCAUACCGGUAGUAGAGGUCAAGCAUGGACCGGUUUGCGAUUCUGAGGUAAUUGUGGUUGUAACAGUUCCUGAGGAAGAGCUUACAGAAGAGGGGGAGGGAUACAAACCAGCAGGCAUAGAGGGGACAGUGCAAGGGAGAGUAGAGGCCACAAACAAAUGGGAAAUGGGAGUAAAAAAUGACAAGGCAGAUGAUAUGGAGACCAAAGUCACCAAGAGUAGUGAUCACACAAAAGAGCCUACCUCAGAAUAUGGUGCAUUAGCUGAACAAGAUAAUAUAGCAUUGAGGAAAGAGGUUGUGAAAAGUAUAGACUCAUGUCCUCAGCCUAGGGAAACCAUUGAGGACACCAUACAAAAUGGCACACAGAUUAGCCCAGGGACUGACCAUGAUACUAGUAAGAGCGCAAUAAAAUCAGAAUGUAAGCCUCAACCUAAGCUUCAGAAAACAAAGGCAGAAGCGUUAUCAGAGAUAACUGACACUCAGCCACAGGCCCAAGGAGGCAAGAAGAAGAAGAAGAAAGGCAAGAAAGGAGAGAGACAAGGUGAUGAAAAUCAGGAAGACUAUAAGAAGAGCACAACAGAAAAGGGUGUAGUCUCCAUGAAAAAUACCACACAGAUUCCCCAAAGUACAAACCUUGAUACUACUAAGAGCCCAGUCGAAUCAAAGCCUGAGCUUCAGAAAACAAAAAAGGCUGAAGUGUUGCCAGAGGCCACUGAUAUGCAGCCACAGGCCCAAGGAGGCAAAAAGAAGAAGAAAGGCAAGAAGAAGGGAGAGACACAAAGUGAUGAAAACCAGGGAGACAAUAACAAGAUGAGCAAAACAGAAAAGGAUGUGGACUCAAUCUCAACAGAUAAGGAGCCAGUAGUGGAGGAAGUUAUCGCAAUAGAGACACAGGAGCUUCUAGAGGAGGGGACUGGUAGUUCACCAAAUCAAGAACUCCAAAGCCCUAUAGGUAAAGCUCAAACCAUAGCUGAGGGAGGGACCCUGAAGGAAGAACAACAACUAGCAGAGGGCCGAGUAGAGGUUAAGAGUGAGGAGCCUCCCAUUGAAACCCCAGAAGUAUCUCUGACUGACCAAGCCAAGAGUGAGGAAGUUGUCAAAAAGGACAAACAAAAACCUUCAGAGAAAUCAGAAGGCCAGAUAUCAGUAUUAUGCCAUGAGUGCGACAUUGGUAUUGUGGAUCCUGUUGACCAGCAAUGUAUAACCAAUUGUAUAACCAGUGCUGAUAACCCUAAAGUGAAAUUAGAAUCCACAACAAAUAGUGGUACCCAAAAAGACGAGUCAGGGUACAUAACCAACCCUGAUAACUUUGUAGACUGCCUGAACUCUUCAGCUGACCCGAAAUGUCCAUUGGACUUGAAAGAGUCCACUGCUGGGAAUUCAAACAAUAUCAAAGAAGAAGAUGCAAUCAAGGUCUCAGUUGAUGAGGCUCAAACAAUCCAAGACACAAAGGAAGAGGGAAUUAACUUUCACAGUCGCAUAGUUCUAAGACCGGUGCUCGAGAAGAGCAUGGUACCUGAAGACCUUAUCGCCAAUGAUGGUGUCAUUACUCACCCAGAGCAUGUUACCGAAAAUGCCAUAAAAUACCUGACAGUGGCAGGUCAGGAUGAACAAAAUGGGAGCCCAGAUGAGUGUAAAAAUGCUCUUGUACAUAAAGAUAUUUCGAUAGCAUUGCCAGCAAGUGUAGAUGAAUGCAAAAAUGUAUCAGGAGAGAACUGUGGCACAUCGCUCGACAGCAACUGCCCUGCUGCUGAGACCAUAAGACAGCCUGAACAAUUGAUGGAUCUACCUGGUUGUCCAGUCGCUGACAAGCACUUAGAUGAAAACAACGAGCCAGUAACACUUGAUGAAGAAAAGACCUCAAAUGGAGGGAUCUCCACAGAGACCAAGCUGAAUGAUACAGAAACACGACUACAGGACCCUGUAAAAGAAACUUCGGAGACAAUUGACUUUUUUAGGGAACAGUACUACAAAGAAAGCAAACUAUGCCCUAUGGUGGCCGAAGCAGAAGAACAAGACGAUCCCAUUGAGGCCAAGCUGGAGGAUAACAAGGUACCUGGACCCAGUGAGCAGGGGAAUGAUGAGGGGGCCGAUGAUAUCGAUGAGGGUCAAUCGUUUGACUUUAACGACCUAGAUUCGGUGGUUUCUGCGAAUGUGUUUCCAGUAACAUCCCAAGAGGUCAGCCAGGAGGUGAGAAUGAUGGAAGGCAACAAAAUGGAGGUAGAGCCAGGUAGAGAGAAGGCAAUCAAGGAAGAGGAAGACUGGGACAAGUCAACAGGAAAACCGCAGGCCACAGUAGAGGGAGUUAGCACAAUAGUGGCAAAGCAGCCACUUGAACGAGGGUCAGAUAGUGCACCAGAAUCGCUCCGAAGCCCUGAAGAAAAAGCACAAACCAGAGUGCCAAUGAAGAACAACAACUUCAGCCCCUCCCUGUCCAUGUACUUGGCUCCUCCCACCCCUGAGAUCCGCUUGAGGAAGCUGGUUGACGAGAGGGAGAACUUGAUAGGACAGGUGAAGAAACUGAAGGCCCAAGUAGAGCAAAAGAAACUGAAGAACGGGACUGAGGGCUCCAGCCCAGAGGGUGAGGUUCUGAAGAACGGCACAGACCCCCACAUACAAGACCUGCAGAGAGAUGCCAGCAGGCAACUUAGUGACCUGAAGUUCAAACUUGUCAAAUCAGAGCAGGAGGUGACCGCUUUGGAACAGAAUGUUACCAGGCUCGAGGGUCAGGUGACCCGCUACAAGGGUGUGUCAGAGAAUGCCGAGAAAGUGGAAGACGUGUUGAAGGCUGAGAAACGCAAGCUGCAGAGAGAGUUGCGGUCAACGCUGGAUAAGAUAGACGAACUUGAGUCGAACAACAGCCACCUCUCCAAGCGGCUGGACAAGAUGAAGGCCAAUCGCACCACGGCACCGACUCCCUAACGAUGACCUGCCAGCAUAAUUCCGACCCUAUCCUAUUUGUCCACUAAUGGCUGCCUACGUAGGACGGAAGUGGAGUGUCCGACCUUGCACUGGGCUCUCCUCUCCAUCUGCCUCGCAACCUUAUGAAAAUAACCUUGAGAAAUUUGAGAUAUCCUAAUCGCUGAAGCGCACAACACACAAAAAUGCGCAAUGUGCCAUUUUCUUCAUGUCUUUGUUUUUUCCAAUGAUGAGAAUUCUUCAUAGGUAUAUAUGACACAGUAAAUGACACCCAGAAUGCCCCUACCAAGCACUACUUGGCUGGGAAAGAGGAAGUCUGUGUGCCUCACUUCCUCUACCAGGGGGUGGCGCUGCUCUGCACCAGAGAAUUGUAGGAAAUGUGGCGCUACAGGGGGGCGACUUGGACCGCAACUGGCUGCUUGGGCUACAUGGCGGUCCUAUCCACCCCACAUCCCCAGUGUACAGACUAAUACUGAAUGUCCCUCUGUCCGGAACCACCCACCUCCUCACUCAACCCCCUAUGUCCACAUUUACUAAACCGAGAGGACAUGGCCUGAAGUCUCAAUGGACUGAACUGGGUUAACAUGGUGUGCUGUGUAUAUGAGAGCAUUUAUUUUGUGUGCACGUGUAUAAUUUAAUUUUUUUAUCCCGCUCUUAUACCCUGCAUUUCUCUCAUCUGUGUCCUAAAGCCAAAGUAUGAGCACAUUUUACCGUGGUUGGGUGUGUAUGUUUGUUACCUGUUGUGUCUCAAGUCCAAGGGCGUGUGUAGUCUAAAGGCCAUGGAAAGCUGCAUCCCACCUUCCCAGGAUAUACACCGUCUCUAUUACCACAAUCAAUAUAAUCAUUGUCACACAGAAUGUUUUUACAUGCCGACGUGAUUUCACCCAUUUUUCGAACUCAGAUUCAUAUAUUUAUUUUUGUUGACAGAUUUGUCUUUGAAUGUACCCAGGUCAUGUUCAUUAGGCACCAAACAAGAAAUUGUAAAACAGGGAGGGACUACCUGAAAUUGUCCAAUAAAAUACGCUCAUUUUCAUUUUCCGUUGCAAUCCUUUUGCUACAGUUCCCUAAUGAACAGGACAGUAGUUAGGUCCUAAACAGCUUGACAAAACUAAUUCACCAAUCUACUACAGCCACAGCUUUGAGUUAGGCUCAGAGCAGCCAAUGACAGAUCUGUGACAAUCUGGUAGAGCCCCAUUGAAGUUUGUCUCAGGGAGAAUCUCAAUUGCAUACUCCUCUCUCCUCAAAACCCAUUUCAUGAAAAAGCCAGAGGUCCCUCCCCUCUGGCCUCUUCCAAUGGGUUUUAAGGAGGUGAGGAGUAUGCAAUUGAGAUUCUCCCUCAGUCUCGAGCAAUAAAGUCACUGGUUGGCCUGCCACCUCACAUACUCUUGCUUGUUGAGACAUGCUAGUGCUGAUGAUACUUAUGGUGAUGAAAAAGACUACAUAAAAUGGGGAAGGGAACGUUGGUAGGAGACCCCCUCAAACACACACACACACACUCUAGGGAGAUACUGCUUCACUGUUUACAAAGCUUUAAAAUGUUUGUAAGGAGACUUUAAGGAAUUGUAAUAUUUGUGCAAUAAAAUGUCCAACCAUGCUG